AAUGAUUUUCCAGCCGCUUAAACUGCUGUACCGGAAGACAUUUGUUAAACUGUUCUUAAAAAACUAUUGUUUCAGUACGUUGCAAUAUUUAAAUAGGCAAUCGACGCUUGAUGUGAGACAGGUUCUAUCCAAUACAUCGAUAUUAUUUUCACCGAAAGAUUUGAUGGUGUCUAACAUUGUGGUAUUGGCUAAUCAGCAAAAUGGAGUUUGCCAGUAAUCAUAUUUACAUUGAUAGUCCUGCCAGCACAGGGCAGGUACAACAAGCUGUUUGUUACAGAAACCACCCAAUGGGGACUGUAAGGAACACCACCCACAGUGAAAAGCCAUUGGCACAUGUCUAUGACCCAGUGAUGGACUGCAACCCAGCAUAUGAGGCAAAGAAACCCAGCAGUGCCUCUGUCAUUGACCAUGUGGAAAGUGAAGGACCCACAUAUGACAAUUGGAACCCAGCAAUUGCUGCUGCCUCUGAUGACACUGGACUCUGUGACCAAGCAUCCAGUUCAGCUCCAAGCAAAAUCACAGCAGCCAAACCAGUGUAUGAUGUGGCGGAAGGUUCGAGCAAUUACUAUGGAAAUGGGAGGAUUUCUGGCUGUCAAACUACCCAGCACCUGGCCAAUCCUUCACACGCCCAGCAUCGUUUUGGUGACAAUACCCACGGCACACCCCCUCCACUCCCACCUCGACCAAGGAAUUUGAAAAAAGUGCCUGAGUAUGUGCAACUGCUGGAUUUGCCUCCCACUAAAGGGCCUGGACACUGGACUUUGCCAACUUCCCACCAUCAUCACAAGGUGCCGCCAGACUCUCUGCCCCCUCCUUUGCCGGAUAGAACCUUUCUGAAAUCAGAAAAGGAAGAAUUGAAGGGAAAUAUCAAUGUGGUGUUAGUGAACCUGGGAAAGCUAGUGGACAUCAAGAAUGUGAAGCCACAGAAGUGUACUCCAGUAUACUGCCAGAAUUGUUCAGCAGCUAUCUCCACUCUCAGUAAAGUAGAGAAUUUGCAUGCUGUGACAUGGACGUGUGAGUUUUGCAACAACCAGAAUGUUCAGGAUUAUCGCUCAAAUGAACCAUGCUUCAGAGAUGAUCAGACUUAUGUUCAUAUCCCUAACCCUAUAACCUCUGACGAUAUUGAUGAUUCCCUGGUUGUGUUCUGUGUUGAUAUCUCUGGCAGCAUGAGUGUAACAUUUGAGAUGAAUAGAAGCAGCAAAUCGCUCUAUAUGACCCGCUUGCAGGCUGUACAAGAGGCUAUAAUUCAGUCGCUCGAUUAUCUUUUUGAAACAUCACCUCGGACAAGAGUCGCUUUGGUUACCUUCAACAAUGAGGUAACAAUCUAUGGAGAUGGACUGUCUCCCCCAUGGACUCUGCAUGACUUUGAGUUAAUUGAUCAAAAUUACCUGAAAAAGCAGGGUGUCGAGGCAGCACAACCACAUUGUAUUUUGGAGAGCAGGGAUGCACUAUAUCGCUGCAUACGCCAGUUGCAAGAGUGUGGUGCAACAGCAUUGGGUCCAGCAGCACUGGUAUCUAUAGCAAUGGCUUCCCAGAAACAAGGCUCCAAGGUUAUAAUCUGUACGGAUGGUCGAGCUAACACCAUCUUGGGAAAUCUGGAGGACAUCAAAGAUGAUAAGAUUUAUCAAUCCUCGAAGCUUUUCUACAGUCACCUUGCUGAAUAUGCAAUGAUGCAGGGGGUGAUCAUCUCUGUACUGACUAUUGAAGGUACCGACUGCAGAUUACCAGAACUCGGACAACUGGCAGAUAAAACUGGAGGAAAGGUGAACAUCACCAACCCAGCCAAUUUAUACAAUGAAUUUCAGCUAAUUUUAGAAGAUGAUGUAAUUGCUACAAAUGUUACUGUCACCUUCAUUGUUCAUGACAGCCUGUACUUUAAAUAUGAAGAUGACAUGAGCAGUAAAAGUGUGAAACACAUUGGAAAUGUGGUUAGAGACAUGGAGAUCACCUUUGAAUUUGGAAUAAAAGAGUCAAAGCUUGAACAAAUUCAAGAGAAGACAGCUCUUCCCUUUCAAGUUCAAAUUGGCUUCAGGCUCCCUGAUGGUCAAUGUGUCUACAGAAUUAUCACUCAGGAGCAGCCGACAACGAAACACAGUGCCAUUGCUAAGGACCAUAUAAACCUCAGUGUUCUACAGAUUCAUGCUGCACAGAUUAGUGCUCGGUUGGCAAUGGAGGGCAGGAUGCAGGAUGCCCAGAAAGAGGCUCUGGCUCAGAAGGCACUCAUAGAAGAAAUACUAGCCAGAAAGAAUGAUCUGGAGCAAGGAGCGAUUUACGAGAGUUGGAUGCAAUCCAUGUCCCCUAUUUAUAGUGCCCUCAAUUGCAAAACUCAGGAUGCAGUAACAGCACAACCUUUGUAUGAGGCAUUAAGUUCCAAGCGCAGUAGAGAAUCUGUUGUUAAGUCUUUUACAGAUGACAUCGCUAAUGUGGCUUUUCGGCUCAAGGCUGCAAAGAAGAAAAUGUUCAAGAAGCCGAAGUUCAUGGUGCCCCUGUGAUAUUCCAAGGCAUGUUGAUGGCUCGAAAAGGCUGCUGACUUCCUCCAAAUGGCACCAUUUCAAUUGCACUAGUUCAAGAAGAAAAACAUUUGCUAUUUUUUUCAAGGUUACAACAGAAGAGCAAGAAAUGCCAACCUUGCAAAUAAACUUUAUAAUCUAUAGAUUGAAUUAUAUUUUUAAAGAAAUCACUGAUUAUUUGCUGAACAUUACCUAUAACAUUCUUGUCCAUUGUUAAAGGUAAUCCGAACAAUGUUUUAUUAAGUUAUUACUCCUAAAACAAGCCCCUUUUGAACAGUCAA